UGUACUCUUGGGUAGGUUUGAUUAGGAUUUUUUUACUGGUGAGACCGAGGAACGAAGGUUUUAAUUUGGAAUAAACAGACCGUCCUCAAAGCUGUUUCAAGUAAGUGGUCAAACACGAGAAAGCGUGACUGUUUUCAAGGUCACUUCAAGUAAUAUUGUCAAACACGAGAAAACGUGACAUCCAUCAAAGCCCAUUCAAGUAAAGCAAAUACAAGAAAGCGUGUUCUGACAAUCAACAUGCUUUUAUACCAUUUAUCUUUGAAACUUUUGAUUUUUUAACAUUAGAGUUGGUGAAUCUUUUACAGAAAAUCCAAAGACACCUCAUAGUAAUUUGGUAUCUCCUAAAUUAGUGGAUGUAGUUUAAGAUGAUUGGUUUUACCAUCCUGAAAGAAGUAGCGGUACACGCAGCACGCAGCUUAUUGUCGUUUACCUUUAUAUCUCUUUACUUUAAAAAAAACACUCAGUUAUUGAAUCCAUUGUUUGUUUGUUUGUUUGUUCAACUCAGGUUGUGAUGAAAUAGUCCAUACCUCUUGGAAAGAAAGAAAAAAAGCAGCAAAUAAACAUGAACUUUUAGGUGUGAACACUGAACAGGUUUGAACUUUGAAAGUGGUGGGCCAUUUUACUUUGGAAUUUUGGGUCCUCUUGGGACAAGCAAUCUCAACUCUGAAACAACUUUCGGUGUCUCUGUGUAUAAUUUUGGACUAUGUCUUCCCUUCCCAAAUCCUACUAUAUAUACCACACUAUCACUCUCCACAUUCUUUCCCUCUACUCUCUCUUCUAUCACUCACUAUCAUCAAACACACUUCAUCAACCUUUUGAAGUUCAGUUAGUCUGGUUCAUUAUUUUCUUUAGGGGGUGAAAUAGGUUCAUAAUAAGAGGACUUGAAUUUCUUUUAUUACAAUGAUUCUGGCACAUAACGGAUGCACACUGUUGAAAUGUCAUUUAGCUCUUGAUAAAAACUAUAUUGUAUACAAAAGUUUCUAUUUUUGGAUUUUUCAGAUUUUUGAUAGGUAUAGUACUCUUGGUACUUAGUACAUUGUCCUAGACAAUUUCAGUUUCACUUCUGUUUUUUUUUUCUCUUUUAAUAGUAGUAAGGAACAUAGAAAUAUAGAAUGGGAGGGGCUUCAUUGCCGCCCGGUUUUCGUUUCCAUCCAACUGAUGAAGAACUGAUAGGAUAUUACCUGAAAAGAAAAGUCGAGGGACUUGAAAUUGAGCUUGAAGUUAUACCUGUUGUUGAUUUCUACAAAUUUGAUCCAUGGGAGUUACCUGAGAAAUCUUUCCUACCAAAAAGAGAUAUGGAAUGGUUUUUCUUCUGUCCACGCGAUCGCAAGUAUCCGAAUGGAUCGAGAACAAAUAGAGCCACCAAAGCUGGUUACUGGAAAGCCACAGGAAAAGACAGGAAGGUUGUGUGUGAGGCUAGUCCAUUCGUUUCCACCGAGACUGUCACGGGUUACCGCAAGACCCUGGUUUUCUAUUGCGGAAGAGCACCUUUAGGCGAUCGAACCAAUUGGGUCAUGCACGAAUAUCGCCUCAACGAUGAUCCUAGUCAAGGCUCAGAGGGUGCUUUUGCUUUGUGCCGAGUUAUUAAAAAGAAUGAGAAGGCGAAUGAUUCCCAAGGGCAUGGAGGAAAGAGAGUUAAAGCUAAUGAUGGGAGCAAUUCCAUUUCCACCGAUGGAAAUGAGGUUUCUUGUCGGGCAAGUCAAAUGUGCAGUGGCAGUGAGAGUCAUUAUUCAAGUCCUAUUAAUUUCCCAAGCAAUGUGCCUACUACGGCUGGAUUUGAGCAAGCUUCCUCCGAUACCAAUCCUUCAACCUUCUGGCUCUCCCCCGACAUGAUUCUCGAUUCUUCAAAGGACUACUCUCAAGUUCCGGUACAAGAUCUUGAUGGAUGUUUCCCACAACAACAUGACUUAUUGAGUUCAAUGACACCUUGGCAAUCAUUUGAACACACUGAAAUCUCACCAUGUUCAUCCUACUCAAAUUUUAACGCGGAAAUUGAAUUUUCUGACACUCUUAGUCGAAUCGGUUGCAUUUCACCCUACACGGGACAAGGAAGCUUCAUGGACUUGCCUUACGAAUGCUAUGAUCAAAUUCCUUCAUUUAGAGAUCCAAACCAAUUCUGAAAAGAAAAAAGGAAUAAGAAUAACAUUCUCCUUCUUUUCUUGCAUUACAAGUUACGAGAUGUUUAAUUUGGGAUGAAAGUCCAAUUUGUAAUCAAAUGAGAGUUUAUGUGAGGAAUUAGAACUCUAGAAGGGAUCUCUGAGACAACGCCUUUUUAUGUCCGUCUUUGAGUGAUAAACUAUGAUUAAUGAGUCCAAUCCUUUCAUAUGCACCAGACAGAUACUAUCCAGUUCUCGAACUUCUCUUCACUUAGUCGAUUUGUAUUGUACUAUUAUGUUGUGUAGGUUUUCCGGGUUACAUCACUUUUUUAGAUUUCACCCGAAUUUGCUUUAUAUCGGUUUUUUUGUAUUAUUAUAUGUGUGGAUUCAUAGAACCAGCUUAAUGAAUGAAUGAGGACUUAUUACA